AAAAAAGUCGCAACCUACUCAACUAUCUGCAUUCACCUACUUUGGCUAGUCAAGUAGAUCCAGUACAACCACUCUAGACAUGUCUUCCUUCCAGCCCAUCUUCAAGAUCACCCCUGGCGUCCAGUCUUACGACUGGGGUAAGAUCGGGUCGACCAGCUUGGCAGCCCAGUUCGGAGAACGAUGUAUCGAGGGUUUCACUACGGACGACAAGAAGCCUUAUGCCGAGCUCUGGAUGGGCACCCACGUAACCCUCCCAUCUCACCAAACCUCUUCCUCCCGCCCGCUCUCCGAGGUCCUCGCCUCGGAUCCAGAGAAAUACCUAUCAAAAUCCAUCAUCUCCAAAUAUCCCAACGCUGCCGAGGGUCACCUGCCCUUCUUGUUCAAGGUGUUGAGUAUCGGCAAGGCGUUGAGCAUCCAGGCACACCCGGAUAAGACUCUGGCGGAGAGGUUGCACAGGGAACGGCCAGAGAUCUACAAGGACCCCAACCACAAGCCCGAGAUGGCCAUCGCCUUGACCCCCUUCCGCGGAUUCUGCGGCUUCCUCCCUCUCCCUCAAUUGCUCCUCCUCCUCUCUACAAUCCCCGAGAUGCGAAGUCUCAUCGGCGAAGCCCCCCUGACCGCUUUGGCCAAGUCGGUGAAUGUGGAACUGUCUCCCGCUUCCUCAGAUGUCGACGAGGCGUUGGUCAAGAUGGCCAAGGAGAGCGUCAAGGGCGGAUCGGUGGAAGAGAUGAAACCCGGUCAAAAAGAAGCGCUCAAGGGGGUCUUCGAGGUGCUCAUGAAAGCCUCUGAAUCGUCCGUCAAGGAUGCCCUGAAGAGCCUCCUUGCACGAUACACCGACCCCUCAACCAAAUAUGCGACGCAAGCGGAACAGGACCUCGUCGAAUUGGUCAAGGAGCUCAAUUCGCAGUUCCCGGACGACGUCGGCGUGUUGUGUUGUUUCAUCCUGAACGUCGUCGAGUUGGAGGUCGGAAAGAGCGUGUUCUUGAAGGCGGACGAGCCUCAUGCUUAUAUCAGUGGAGAUAUCAUCGAGUGCAUGGCUACUUCUGACAACGUCGUCCGAGCAGGCCUGACUCCGAAACUCCGGGAUGUCGACACCCUGAUCUCGAUGCUGACCUACGUCUCGGCUCCCGCCGACGCCCAACUCUUGACCACCAGCUCUUUCGCUCCCAAGACGGAACUGCACGACCCGCCCAUCGAGGAGUUUAGCGUGCUCCGGACUGCUCUGGAGAAGAGUGGGGAAACGGAGACACACAGGCCGAUCGAGGGGCCGAGCAUCGUCAUCGUCACCGAGGGAAGCGGCAAGGUCGGAGAAGAAAAGGUGGAGAGGGGGGAUGUGGUCUUUGUCGCCGCAGGAGUGGAGGUCGAGUUCGAGGCGGGGAGUCAAGGAGGGUUCACCUUUUUCCGAGCAUUCGUCGAGGCUUGAGAAGGCGCGAGUUGAGAGCGUGGGACUGUUUGACCAUACUUUAGAGUUUCAGAUUUUGUUUAGGGAUGUUUGGCUUGUAUCAUCUGGACUGAUGUUUAUAAACGGGGUUAUUGCUGUGC